AUGUACAGCUCUCCACGCGACUGCUGGUUGCCAGCGCGUCCGAAGAGCCUGCACUGGACGGGGUAUCGGGAUUAUGGAAGCUACAUGCCAGCACACCGACCACACUCCGUGCGACAGGGGGAAACAGGCUGGCACAUAUUCCGGAAGAGUGGCGCAUGUAGCUGGGGUCCUAGAAUGUUGAGCAAUACGCAAGAGAAGCGCAGGUCUGGGUUUGGCAGCCAUGCUGGCACACAGAAUGUUGCCAAGGCGCACGGAAUACCGCCAAGCGCUUUACGUCGUCUGUUUAUGCAUCGGCGAGGAGCCUACCAUGCUACGGAGAACUUGCAGCAUCCCCCGAAACUAGCAAUUGAAAUAGGCAUUGAACUUCGGAAGUGGCACUGUGUACACGGUCGUGAAAGCGGCUCAUGGGGACACGCGCCAUUCUUGGGUGUGCAGGUACAAUGCCUUGAAGAGUUGCAGCUUGUGCUCCUUUGA